CGUCCUUCGUUUUUGGUCAUUCGACCUGACAUUCCUUCCUCACUGAGGUUCUCUCAUUCUCUAAUGGUAUAAAUAUGGCGGCUUCCAAUCGUCUCCCUCUUUUAUUUUUCCUUUUCUAUCUUAUCAGCUUCAUCGCUGCUUCACCAGAAGCGGAACCUCUGUAUCUGUGGCAUCAACGGCGUGCUAUCGCCGAUCCUCCCACCCCCAGCUUGCAUAAUGUUUCAAGCAGCGCCCUCGCGUACGCUCAGAAACUGGUGGCCUCGGCUGUAGCCCAACAGUCCGAAUACAAUGCCUACCGGGUGGCCAAUCCGAAACGCAACACCUAUCGCUCGCGCCACUCGGAGGAAGCUCAAUCGACCCAACACAAGAGAUCCGAUGAGCCGGUGGCUCCCACGUUGGAUGCCAAUCUGCGUGCCGCCGCCGCUCUUCUGGCCGAACACCAUGCAUCCCAACAACUGUCGAAUGGAACUCUCCACAAAAGCUACAGUCAAUUCGCCAAGACGGCUAAGCCCUUGACAGUAUCGAAGAGAGAUAGUUCCUCGGGCUAUUGGCCAUCUCAGGUCGACCAUGGUCUACCCCCCAUGGGAUGGGAUUCUUCCUACCCCGUCUAUCGCGAUGUCACUGAUUCCAAGUUUGGCGCCAAGGGUGAUGGAGUGACUGAUGAUACUGAUGCCAUCAAUGCCGCUAUUGCCUAUGGUGGUAGCUGCAUGGAGAACUGCGAGUCGUCUUCGACCAAGGGCAGCUUUAUCUACUUCCCUCCGGGCACCUACCUGAUCUCCUCCCCUAUCAAUGCCUCCUACUACUCUCAGCUCGUGGGAGAUGCCAAUGACAUGCCCAUCAUCAAGACGUCUCCUUCGUUCAUUGGUCUGGGAGCUAUCCAGAGUGAUGUCUACAUUCCCAACGACAAUGGUGAUGAGUGGUAUAUUGAGCAAAACAACUUUUACCGUCAAGUUCGAAACAUCAUCAUCGACAUUGAGGAGACCACCACUGCUUAUGCGGCUGGACUCCAUUGGCAAGUCGCCCAGGCCACCUCCCUGACCAACCUUUUCAUCACGGCCAGCUCGGCCAAGGGUACCACCCAGAUGGGCAUGUACACGGAAAACGGCAGUGGAGGAUUCAUGUCGGGCUGCACCAUCACCGGAGGCGAGUAUGGUAUCUAUGGAGGCAAUCAACAGUACACGGUCCGAGACUUCACCAUCGCUGGUCAAACCAACGCCUCCAUCUGCCUGAUCUGGGACUGGGGAUGGACCUGGGCCGGAUUGCAUCUGUCGAGCUCGCCAGUGGGCAUCAGUUUGAUCAACCCUCAAGACACCACAGGCCAACAAGCCGGAUCCACCUACAUCCUGGACACCAUGUUUGAUGAAACCCCCAUUGCCAUUCAAGCCAACUUCGAAGAGAAGAGCAUCCUGGAAACCAGCAUCAUCACCCUGGACAACGUCGGAGUCAACGGCGUCGACACCAUGGUUUCAUUCACGGAUGGCUCCAGCCUCGAUCUCCCAAAUGGCGACGUGGACUUUGUCGUCAUCGGCAACCUCCAGGAGAAAUCCUCCAAAUCCUUUGGAUCCUACUCGGUGAACGUGCAGACACCCCCCGGGCCUCUGCUAGACGCGGCCAACGACAACCCCAUCUACCGCGACAGCUACUUCUACCGCAACCGCCCUCAAUACGAGACAUUGUCCACGGGAGAUAUCAUCAGCGUCAAAGACCACGGCGCCGCCGGUGAUGGAUCCACCGACGAUACCGAUGCCAUCGUCUCCGCAUUAGCCCUAGCCACCGCCGACAACCUGAUCUACUUCCCCCCCGGAUCCUACAUCAUCACCAAGACCGUCGUCAUUCCCAAACACGCCCGCAUCACCGGUAUGGUCUGGUCCCAACUGGUCGCAUCCGGAGACUACUUCUCCGACAUGACCUCCCCCAAGCCCAUGAUCCAGGUUGGCAACGCCGGCGACGUAGGCCAGGUAGAGAUCAGCGACAUCCUCUUCACCUCCAUCGGUGAACUCCCCGGCCUGGUCCUUGUGGAAUGGAACAUCCAGGCCGAGCUCCAAGGCUACGCAGGCAUGUGGGAUGCCCACUUCCGCGUGGGAGGUGCCUAUGGCUCCAAACUGCAAGUGGCCGAAUGCCCUACCAGCGACUCCAUCGAGUCCGGCUGCGUCGCCGCCUCCAUGAUGAUGCACAUGACGCCCGACUCCAACGGCUACUUCGAGAACAUGUGGCUGUGGGUGGCAGACCACGACAUCGACGACGCAGACAACACCCAGAUCAGCGUGGCAGUGGGCCGUGGCCUCCUCGUCGAGUCCACCUCCGGCCCAACGUGGAUGUACGGCACUGCCUCGGAGCACUCCAUCCUCUACCAGUACAACUUCUACAACGCCACCAACACCUUCGCCGGCCUGAUCCAGACUGAAUCCCCCUACUACCAAUUCGCCGAUGCCACUCAAUCCCCCGGGCCCUUCAACGCCUCCGUUGGCCUCUUCACCAACGAUCCCACCUUCCCCGACUCCACCUGCAAAGCCUCCGACGAUCUCUGCAACUUCGCCUACGCCGUGACCAUGUACGAGAACACCAACCUGACCAUCGCUGGCGCCGGCCUCUACUCCUGGUACGACAACUACCUCGAGACCUGCGUCGACACCCAAAACUGCCAACAACGCCUCGUUCUCGACUCCGGCGAGAACUCCGGCCUCUACAUCUGGAACCUGAUCACCAUCGGCUCCGUCGAAAUGAUCAGCAACGUCGAAGACAACAACAUCAUCCUAGCCAAGAACAACACCCAAGCCAUCGCCCACCCCUACUGGAGCGCCCUAGCCGGCUACCUCGACGACUACAAGCAAGAGAUCCUCUCCUGCACCGACGACUCCACCGACGCAGCCUGCCAAACCACCUGGAACUGCGACCUAACCCAAUCCUACGCCACCAUCGACGACCUCAACAACGCCCUCGGCAGCUACCCGGACCAAUGCAUGCCCUACUACGCCAUGGACACGCUCUACCUCACCCUCGAAGCCUCCCUGGACAACUACACCACCGCCAACACCAACUACGACAAAUACUUCAAAUACUACCAACAAUACGUCCGCGAAAUGGUCCCCGAAGCCAUCUCCACCUUCAUGGCCGACUCCACCACCAGCAAACCCGAAGGCGGCCCCGGCAACAAAUACUUCGACUGCACCUGCGAAGGCUACGGCCCUACAUCCACCCAACAAUGCCCCUUCCGCUACACCCAACUCAUGGGCGCCGACCGCUUCACCAUGACCUACACCCUCAAGGACUCCGAGGGCUUCUACUCCGAACUCGAAUCCACCUACGGCAUCAACCGCACCUGGGUCGAAUUCGUCAACAAAGGCGGCCCCGUCCAUCAAAUCGGCCACUGCAUUCCGGGCGAAUGCUCCAGCGGCACCGAUUACCGCUGGAUCGGCGUGCCCCAAGCCGUCAAGGGGAACAAAAUCGACGUCUCCAACCCCAAGGACGUCAUCACCGCCGCGCUUCCCUCCGUCAACUCCAUGCAAAAUAACCUCCUCGGCCGCGUCAUGGACAUCAACCUGGGGAACUGGACCGGCGGGAUGCAAGACCUCUACGAGACCUUCUCCACCCCCGUCUUCAUGAUCCAGCAAUCCAUCGCCAGUAUGGGGCAGGUCAAAGCCAUCGGCGAGAAACAAGCCAAGGAGGAUAAAAUCAAGCUCGUGUUGGAGAUUCUGGGCAUUGCGUUUGCGUUUAUCCCCUUCUUGGAUGAUCUUACGCCUGAGCUGGAGGUGCUGGAUACGGCGUUUGAGACGGUGGCCGCGGCGGGAAAUGUGGCGUUGGGCAUUCAGAGCAUUAUUUCGGAUCCGACGUCUGCUCCCAUGGCCUUGUUGGAUAUGAUUGGCGGGGGGGAGUUGAAGACGGAGGAUGACUUUGCGAAGGCGGCCAAGGCGAGACGCGCUCUCACGGAGAAUGAUCUUGAGAGUAUUGGGAAGGAUUUUAAGGCUGAGGAGGAUAAGUUUGAUGAUACUACGGAGCCGAAGUGUAGGGUUUAGAUCCCCCCCCCCUCCUCCCACGGUUGUAUCAGAGAUAUGGCGCAUGUCAGUUGUAAUGGACUUGUGGCUAGUAGUGAGUAGAUAGAAAUACUAGAUACUAGACGGUGGUGGAAUGUAUG